AUGGCCACCGGCGAGCAAUCGUUCCCCCCUCAGACUCAGGAGAAACAGCCCGGCAAGGAGCAUCUCAUGGAGCCCUCUCCUCAGGCUGCCGCUGGCGACUACAAGCCCGCCCACAAGCUCCGCGUAAUCCCUCCGCCACUCUCCGGCUAGUUCCUUCCUUUCUCUUCUCGCCACAGCGUCUCUUUGUUCGCAGGGGAAGGUGGCGCUGGUCACCGGCGGCGACUCCGGGAUCGGCCGCGCCGUGUGCUACUACUUCGCGCUGGAGGGAGCGACGGUGGCGUUCACUUACGUGAAGAACCAGGAGGACAAGGACGCAGCCGACACGCUGCAGAUGCUCAGGCAGGCCACAGUGGAGGAAACGAGGGGCCCCAUCGCCAUCGCCGCCGAUCUCGGCUACGAGGACGCCUGCAAGAAGGCGGUGGACGACGUGGUCGCCGCCUUCGGCCGCGUUGACGUCCUCGUCAACAACGCCGCCGAGCAGCACGUCGCCCCCGAGCUCCAGCAAGUUGACGAGGCCCGCCUGGAGAGGGUCUUCAGGACCAACUUCUUCUCCUACUUCUUCAUGGCCAAGUAAGAGGGAGGAAGAAAGAGAGAGAAACCCGCCUCCCAUAUUAUCGGGAUAUACGGGUCAACGGAUGUCCUCUGUGGAACAGGUACUGUCUGGAUCACAUGAAGGCGGGGAGCGCCAUCAUCAACACGACGUCGGUCAACGCGUACAGGGGCCACCCGACGCUGAUCGACUAUACAGCGACGAAGGGGGCGAUCGUGGCCUUCACGAGGGCUCUCCACGCGCAGGUCGUCGGCAGGGGAAUCCGGGUCAACGCGGUGGCGCCGGGGCCAGUGUGGACGCCGCUGAUCCCUUCCUCUUUCCCGGAGGAGAAGGUGGCCAACUUCGGCAAGAACGUUCCCAUGGGCCGCGCCGGUCAACCCCACGAGAUUGCCCCCUCCUUUGUCUUCCUCGCCUCCGAUCAGGACUCUUCCUACAUCGCCGGCCAGGUCCUCCACCCCAACGGUAAAAUAUCGCCGCCGCCCUCUCCGCCGCAACGUUCGAUUUCCUCAUCUCUGCUCCUCGCUUCUACCAUGCAGGCGGCGUCGUCGUCAAUGGCUGA